GAUAUCAUAUGUUUGUGGGAAGUUCAUCUAGAGAGGACUUACGAAAAACUAAAACGCCGCCAUGAAAACGAUUAAGGACUAUCUGAUUGAUGCUUUCGAUGAUCUACAGAGUGAAGACCUAAAGAAAUUCAAAAGUAAAUUAUCUGAUCGUAAAGAAGAACCUCGAAUCCGUCGAAGUGCAGUCGAAAAGGCAGGAGACCGUACGGAUCUAGCAGAUCUAAUAAUAAGCACGCACACUGAAAGAAAAGCAGUGGAAGUGACUAUUGACGUUUUAAGAUCAAUCGGAUGUAAUCAGGUCGCCGAAGACCUCAAAAAGGAAAGUCAGGAUGACCUGGGGAGUUCAAACCUUAAAAGAUUUACCGACAAACUAUGUGACUCUCGUCUGGAACCGCGCAUUCGACGGAAUAAUGUUGAGGGGAAAGAUGCCAGCGACAUCGCGCGCCUUCUUAUAGAAAAGCACACUGAAAUACGGGCGGUGGAGGUUGCAGUCGAAGUUUGUCGCUCUAUUGGCUGCAAUCAGAGCGCGGACGAACUAGAAGACACUGUCAAAAGACAAUGUCCAGCACCCCAGGCUGUGCCCUGUCCCCCGCGCGACGUUAAUACUCUUACCGCCAGCACCUUGCAGUUCAAACAGAGCAUUAUUCAAGAAAAAGGAAAUAAUGUGAAUAACCCCUUACCUAUUUACAAUGUCAAGGAGAAGCAUUCAAGGAAGCGGUUGGCCCUGAUCAUCAACAACGUGGAGUUUGGUAACGAGAGCAUGAAAAGAAACGGAGCUCAAAGAGAUGAGGAGAACAUAGACAAGCUGCUGACAGCUCUGGGCUAUGAAGUUGUAAAACACGCCAACCUCUCUGGAAAAGAAAUGGAUGAGAAGAUAAGGGACUUUGCUAAACGCAAAGAGCAUGCAGACUCAGACAGCACCUUUGUGGUUAUAAUGUCCCAUGGCAAGAGGGAUGCCAUUCUGGGAGUCAAUUAUGGACCCAGCAACACAUCAGAUGUCCUUCCUGUGGAUAACAUCUAUGUCCACCUGAACACCAGCAACUGUCCUAGUCUUCGCGACAAACCAAAGAAGCGCAUGCUUUACAUAAUGGAGAAAACCACAUGGGACCACAUUCACAACACUUUCGAUGAUCUGAGCGAUGAACAGUUUAAACUGUUUACCGACAAGCUGGUGGAUAGUCGGAUGCAGCCGCGCACUCGACGAAAUGCUGUAGAAGGAAAGGACAGAAGCGAUGUGGCGCGCCACAUUAUAGACAAUUACACUGAAACAUCCGCGAUAGACGUUACAGUCCUGAUUCUUAAGGCGAUUGGAUGCAGUAAUGCUGCACAAGAGCUAGAAGGCCUUGGUAAAGCAGGGACUCCAUCCAGUGCAAACAUAUCAGCUUCAGGGACAUCAACCACUGCAAACAUAUCAGCUUCAGCAUGUUCAGGCGCUGCCUUCAUCGAUGCAAAGUGGUCAGAUCUGGUACAGCGAACCACUGGGUUGGAAGCCAUCUUGGACAUUCUUCUGAUGCGGGGCAUCCUCACCGAUGAAGAAUAUUCCAACAUCAUGGCCGAGCAUACGCAGCAGAAGAUGAUGAGAGCAUUAAUCAUAGGGCCCAUGAGAGCAGCUGGUGAUGGAGGGAAAAAUGCUCUGUAUGAAAUCCUGAUGAAGCAAAAACCCUAUAUGAUGAAGGACCUCGGGGCUCAGUGAAAACUUUAACAAAGAGCCAAUAAGUUGACUGUCAGUGUACCAGAAAGUUGUCAGAUGUAUCACUUACAUUUAAUUGUAAACAACCUAACAGUUUGCAGUGCAAUUUUAGUAAUGUCUUUGUGUGUCUAUGUAAUAACGUCUUUAUAAACUUUCUCAAUAAAAAAGACAUUAUAAAUAAUGUCUUUAUAAACCUU